AUGAUAAUGUCAUCCACUGUUGAAGAUACAAAACACUUACCUUACGAAGAACCUCCACAAUUGUCUUCAGAGGACUUGGAAACUCAUAUUCAUUUAGAAGAAAAAAAUGCUUCGCAAUCCUUUCAAGGCGAGUUGAGAGUAAGAAGAGCACAGAAGAAACUCCUAGUCGCUACCGUUCUUUGUGCUUCAUUUAUGUUUGCGGAAAUCUUGGGAGGAUAUUUGGCAGGCUCACUAGCUAUUAUGACUGAUGCCGCUCAUUUACUUUCAGACUUUGCAAGUUUUGUUAUAUCUUUGGUUGCCCUGCAUCUUUCAAAACGACCAGGAAGCACUACUAUGAGCUUUGGUUAUGCUAGAGCUGAAGUUAUCGGUGCUUUUGUAAGCAUUCUUUUAAUAUGGUCUCUUUCCGGUAUUCUUCUGCUGGAAGCUACCAGACGUAUUAUGAAGCCUCAACCAGUAGAUGGCCGUCUCAUGUUUGCUGUUGCCUUGAUAGGACUAGUCGUCAAUCUUGUCAUGGGUCUAGUAUUGGGACACAAACACGAACAUUCCCACCAUCGUAACACUAGUCGCACUCGUAAAAGUCCCAAAGAGGAACAACGUCCUCUCUUGUUGGAACAUAACGAGGAUAUGCAUUCAGAUGUGUCUUCAGAGCACAGUCGUGAGAGUUCUUUUCAUAAUCAACUCAAUGAACAACCAAAUGUAAAUGUCACAGCAGCUUAUAUUCAUGUACUUGGUGACGCCAUUCAGAGUCUGGGAGUUUUGUUUGCAGCUUUACUUAUUUGGUUCUUUCCAAAUAUGCAAAUUGCAGAUCCUUUAUGUACAUUUCUUUUUACUUUCAUAGUGCUAUUUACUACUUUUCAGUUGAUUGGAAAUACGUUAAAUGUUCUUAUGGAAGGAACUCCACCAGGAAUUAGUCUUGUUGAAGUAUAUGAUUGCUUAUGUUCCAUUCCUGGUGUUCAAGAGGUUGACGAUUUGCAUAUUUGGUCAGUCACAGUGGGCAAACCGGCACUAUCUGCUCAUGUCAAAGCAAGUGAAAUGCAUCACACUUUAUUAAUGGCACAAGAGAUUUUACGAAAACGUUUUGGGAUAAUAGUUAUUUGGGUUUAAGUGGUCAGAUGAAUUGUUUAAACACUUCAGAAGUAGAAAAUGUUCGA